CGGGCGGACGGCGGGGGCGGCGGAGUGAGGCGGCGGAGCUCGCAUCGCUCGGCCCCUUUCUGUGUCGGCGCCUCGCAGAGGGAGCAUCGCGCGCUGAGCCGCCGAGCCCCGCGCUGCCGCCGCCGCCGCCAUGGCCAAAUCCGAGUCUCCGAAGGAGCCCGAGCAGCUCCGCAAGCUUUUCAUCGGCGGCCUCAGCUUCGAAACCACAGACGAGAGCCUGCGCAGCCACUUCGAGCAAUGGGGCACCCUGACCGACUGCGUGGUGAUGAGGGACCCGAACACCAAACGCUCGCGAGGCUUUGGCUUCGUAACGUACUCCUCGGUGGAAGAGGUCGACGCCGCCAUGAAUGCCCGACCACACAAAGUGGAUGGCAGAGUCGUUGAACCAAAGAGGGCCGUAUCCCGAGAGGAUUCACAGCGGCCUGGAGCCCAUCUCACAGUCAAGAAGAUCUUUGUGGGCGGCAUCAAGGAGGACACGGAGGAGCAUCACUUGAGAGACUAUUUUGGCCAGUAUGGCAAAAUUGAAGUCAUCGAGAUCAUGACAGACCGCGGUAGCGGCAAGAAGAGGGGCUUUGCCUUCGUCACCUUUGAUGACCACGACUCUGUCGACAAGAUAGUCAUUCAGAAGUACCACACUGUGAACGGGCACAACUGCGAGGUGAGGAAAGCCCUCUCCAAGCAGGAGAUGGCCAGCGCCUCGGCCAGCCAGCGAGGCUGUCCCCCCCCUCCCCCCCCUCUCCUAGGCCGUAGCGGAUCCGGGAAUUUCGGCGGUGGCCGCGGAGGCGGAUUCGGCGGCAAUGACAACUUCAGUCGCGGCGGCAAUUUCGGCGGCCGUGGUGGGUUUGGUGGCAGCCGCGGUGGUGGCGGUUAUGGCGGCGGCGGAGACGGCUAUAAUGGAUUUGGCAAUAACGGUUACGGUGGCAGCGGCCCUGGUUACUCCGGCGGCAACCGGGGCUACGGCGGCAGCAGCACCUAUGACGGCUAUAACAACGGCGGUGGUGGUUUUGGCGGCGGCAGCGGUGGACGGCGUCCAGCCCGGGGACCCGCGCUCGCCGUGCGGAACGGCCUCUCCGAAGCGGGCACAGGCAGCAACUUUGGCGGCGGGGGAAACUACAAUGAUUUUGGCAGUUACAACAACCAGUCGUCCAAUUUCGGCCCCAUGAAGGGGGGCAACUUCGGGGGCAGGAGCUCGGGGCCAUACGGCGGCGGCGGCUACGGCAGCUCGAGUGGUGGCGGCAGCUACGGCGGCGGCAGGAGGUUUUAACACCCAGGAGCCCCGGUGGAGUGGGAUUGGAGGCGGCGGCGGCGGUGACGGCGGGGGCUCGGCCGCUCCCGAAGAGGCGCGGUGGCUGCCGUUGUCCUUUGCCACCCAGGACUGUGUUUGUGACUAAAUUGUACACCAGGUUCUUUUAGUUUUUCUGUGCCGUGGAAGCAUUCCGACGAGGGCUCCCGGAGCCUCGGGUUUUAUUUGCGCGCCCGUGCUGUCGAUCGCUCACUGUAACUCAACGAUGACGCUGAAUAAAUGUCUCCUUUUUUUUUU